AACGCCAUUUUGUUUUCAACAAGACGUUGUAACGUCAAGUCGAUACUAAAUUCAGUCCGUCUUUUUCCGUCGCGCCGUGGAGAACUACUUUAUUAUACGCGAUUUAGACACGAUAAAUGUAUUCUUCGACUUGAACGCGAGUUGAUUGCUACAAUAGUGUUCAUAUCAAAGACAGUGCUUUUGUAAUUUGUGAUAACUGAUGUUCAGUUGAAGAUUUACUUGGUAUGGUGAUUUCUACGACUACAGUCGUCGGUCAAGAUGUCCAAGGAAGUAGCGGAAGAGUAUGCUUCCAGUUUAGCGGACCUAACCGUAAACAGCAAACCGCUGAUAAAUAUGUUGACGAUUCUCGCAGAAGAGAACAUCGACCACGCCGGGGUUAUCGUUGAAACAGUGGAGAAGCAUUUAGAGAAGGUACACCCAGACAUCAAGCUGCCAGUACUGUAUUUAGUUGAUUCGAUUAUCAAGAAUGUCGGUGGAGCCUACACACAGAAGUUUUCUCAAAGCAUUGUCAAUAUGUUUACCAGGACUUUCAAACAGGUAAUUAUUGUGGAUGAAAAAGUCAGGUCUCAAAUGUUUAAGCUUCGUGAGACUUGGCACGAUGUGUUUCCUGCUACAAAGCUGUACCAACUGGAUGUGAAAGUGAACUUGAUUGACCCGGCGUGGCCGAUACAAGCACAGCCGCAGCAGUCAAACAUCCAUACUACCCCUACCACCAGCACUACAAUCACUCCAGCUCCAGUCGUCCCUGCUGAAGAGGACGAGAAGAUGAGGAAUAUCCUCGCCAAGAAAGAACAAGAGCUCCUCAUGCUGCAGAGGAAAAAGGUGGAGAUGGAACUAGAACAGAUGCGGCGACAGGUCGAGCUUGCAGAGAAAACUGUUACUAAAAAGGUGCCGGGCACUGCCCCCACUAAUGUAAACGCCACCAAUAUGGCCGCGCCCACUCCUGCGCCUGCGGCCGCCGUGUUGCCUGAAGUGACAACCAAUAUACCCAUCAAACAGCGACUCGGACCGCCGGUACCUAAGAGUACGGGUCGUAUCGCACCCGUGAGCGCCUCCCUAGCGAGCGCCCGGCGCGACCCGCGACUGGCGCGCCUGCAGCAGGGCGCCGGCACCGCCCCCGCCGCGCCCUCGCCGCCUGUCGCCGUCGUGGCGCCCGCCGCCGCGCCGCUCGCACCUAUCGCGCCCAACGUCUUUGACAUCAAACCCCUCGAGCGCGUCACCAAACGGAAGAAUGUCAUAACUAUAGACGUGCGGCAGGACGCCGAGCCCGCCCGGCCUGCUACCAGGGACCCGCGCCGCCGCGACCCGCGUCUCGAGAAACGCGACCCGCGCCGUACUCGUCCGCGUGAGGAACGGGAACGGAGGCGCGAAGAACUGCGUCGAGCAGAGUCAGAACGCAACCAUACUGAAACUAAACCAGAAGCGGAGCGUAAUCCGAUGCCCGCUUAUGUCGAUAAGUUGCCUGACCCAAAGAAAAUUAGUAAGAUGCCACCUAUACCUAAAAUCACCCGGUCAGAAACCAAACGAGACGGUGAAGCAGUGCCCGCCAAACGUAAUAAGCGUGACAAUGUGCGCACUGAGCGCAGACGGCGGCGCGAGGAGCUGGCCCAGAAGGAAGGCGAGCGCGCCAAGCCAGCGCCCGCGGUGCCGGCAGCUCCGCCUGCUGCGGACAAGAAGCGCGCGUCGCCCGAGUUGGUGGCGUUCAAGGAGUUGCGCAACUACCACAAGGAGCAUUACAUGCGUCGCAACCGCGACAAGUCAGCCAGUCCAGAGCACGUCGAGUCAGGCGCAGAAGGCGCCGUGACCUCCGAGCCCCCAAGUGUUCCAGAAAUUAUAUCAGAAACUAAGGACAUAGAUCUUCGAGUAUUACCUGCAGUAGUAACGGAGGCCAAAGCCGCUUCUAUAGGACAGAAGCGAUCUUCCACAGAGACUACGGAAGUUAAAACUAAGAAAACAAAGAUUGAUAAAUUUGAUGUGUUAUUUGGUAAUGAGGAUGUUGAUUUACGCCAACUACCACAAGUAGAUGAAGUGAAUGCCCCGCCUCCACCUUCUAUCACUGGCUCGCCGAAGUCCGACAACAAAGUGGAAGAAGAUGUAGCAAUGGUGUCACCAGCCAAAGGUUCACCGAAGAGGGAUUGGAACGAGAUUAAGAAGAGAGAUGACAAGAAAACUCCCUCAAAACUCGACCUUGUACGGGCUAAGUUUGCCGAAGUAACGAAGGGCAAAGAUAGGCUUGGCCGACCUCUACUGUUCAGCAAAUCGCCAAGUAUCGAAAGAGAAAGGCGACGUACUUUGUCUAGCGAAGAUAUUGAUCUCAGGGAAGAUGAUGAACAAGGCUUCGUUGAAAACAAAAAAUCUAUUUCAAUUAUAAUGUCUCAAGCAAAGGAACACUUCACAGAUGGACAAUUAGACAAGAACCAAUACAACACUCUAAUGUACCAAAUUCUUCAACUUAAUGAGAAACUCAAGCUGAAGGAGGCCAAACAGAGGGAGUCAUUGGAAAUUUCCAAAAGGAAGCUCAAAGCUACAAUAGAAGAAAACCACAAAGUACCAAGCCCAAAAUCGUCGCCUAAUGAACGAAACAGAUUUGGUGAUAUUGAUGAGAGAAUCACGCCGUCUGUAUACCUUGAUACGCCGCCCGAGAGCCAAGGAGUGUUGGGUCAGGACUCGGAUAUGCGACUCGGUGCUGAAGCCCUUGAUAUGAAGACAAAGGGUUUGCUCCCUAUCCCUCCCAUGAUGCCAAUGUUCGGCCCUUACCAGCCACAAAUGCCUUGGCGUGGACCAAGACCACGAGCAGGUGAAGAAUUCGGUCCUAAACGAUUCCGAGGUCCAAUGCCACCAUACUUCCGAGCCGGCAAGUUUGAUAAGAGGGCUGUUAGACCGCCUUUCGACCCUCGUAUGGCGAUGCCUCCUCUAUUUACACCCAAAAUUGGUAUGUGUCAAGGAGAGUGUCCGCUAACACCUUACGAACGAAGCGAAUCUCCACCUCCAUUGGGAGCUCCAGGCUUCGCAAUCCCACCGACAGAUUUUAAAGUCAUUGAGUAUAUAGAUCAGGACCCCUUCAAAACCAUCCAAAUUGAUGGUAUACCUCGGGAAAUCAGGUUUUACGGUAACACCGCCGUAAUUAUGCUGGAUUGGGAUGAUCCAAGGGAAAUCAAGUUCCUUCCUGGAUGCAGACGAGUAACGUUCGACAAUAAAGACUCAGUAGUACUAACAUUCAGUGAAGGCUACAAGCAAGUGGAAUUUGAUGAUCAAGUAUUCGAUAUUAAAUUUGGUGCACCGACACGAGAACUGUAUAUAAACGGUAGGUGGUACGAAUGUUUCUUCGGUGGACAGCCAUUAGGCGUAAUUAUUGACGGUAAACCAAGAUUGGUUCAUUUGGAAGGACCUAUGCCUCAAGUGGACAUCGGUAAAGCUAAACGAACCGACUUAGUAGCCGGUAAGAUCAAUCUCAUUGUGAAUGCUACACAGAUGCAUCCAGUGUACUUGGACGCAAAGGUACAAAAGAUUUUGGUCAAUGGACAGUAUCUGACCGUGCGCUUCGUAGAUUCAUUGCGCACAGUUUUAAUCAAUGAACAGCCUUUUAAAGUAGAGUUUGGAGGCCUUCCCAAGCCCAUCGUUGUUGGCAGCGAGAAAUAUUUUAUAAGGUUCUCCGCUCUGCCGAGAAAUAUUAAGCCUGGACAUGUCCAGAUUGCUAAUAUGGAAGGCAUAGGCUUGCCACUGGUGCCACCCGUCAAGAAUGUCGAUGAACUUAAGAAAGAGGAAAACCCAAUGGAAGUUGACCAACAAGAAGAACUCAUUUCGCGUCCGGUGAAGACGCCCAGCUCUGAACCGAACCCUGAGAGUCUAGGUCUCGACAUGUUGGCGAGCGUCAUGCCGUCCAGUACUGUGCCCGCCUCCGGCUCGGAGUACAGCGUGGCCGAGCCUCUAUUCUCCAAAACAGACAAGAUCCCUGGACUUGAGACACCCAUGUAAGAGAAACCAGCUCCAGUACUGCCAAUAUUAGACAACAUUAAUGUCAACGACCUUUUCGCUAAGCUGGUGGCGACUGGUAUUGUGCAAGUGCCGACCACUACCCAGCCAGAGCCUCAAGAGGAAGCAAAGAAUAAACCUGAAGAAGUUAAGAAUAAACCAAGGGAAGAUAAGAAUAUUAUCCAUAAAGUAGACUUUAUGAAAUCUGAGACAUUCAGAGUUAAACAACCAGGACUGGUGGCUAAGUUGUACGGCGGGAUGCAGUGUUCAGGGUGUGGGGCUCGGUUCCCGCCCGAGCACACGGUGCGAUACUCACAACACUUGGACUGGCACUUCCGACAGAACCGACGCGACAGGGACUCGGCGCGCCGCGCGCACUCACGACACUGGCACUACGACCUGUCAGACUGGGUUCAGUAUGAGGAGGUCGAGGACUUGGAGGAAAGAGAAAAGAGUUGGUUCGAGACGGGCGGUAUCCCCGCGGCGUCGGGCGAGGGCGCGGUGGAGACGCCGGCGCCCGCCCCGCUGGCCACUCCGUCCGCCGCCGCCUCCGCGCCCGCCUCGCACUGCUGCGCGCUCUGCGGGGACAUGUUCCAACAGUUCUACAACGAGGACAAGGAGGAAUGGCACCUCAGGAAUGCUAUCAAACACAACGAUGAUUACUAUCAUCCACUCUGCUUCGAAGACUACAAAACGUCACUAACAAAGGCAGGAGAACCUAAAGUAAAAGACAUCGCAUCUGAGGCAAAGGUGGAAGAGGAAGGCAUUGAGACGAAAGAUGUGGAUGAGACUGCAGAGCAGUCUGACAACGAAUCUGUGGUUGAAGUCGUCGAGGACCCGAAGGAGUUGGACCCCGUUGAAAUCGAUGAAGAAGAUGACGAGGACGAUGUCGUUUUCAAAGCAGAGCCAGUGGUCGAGGUUGUCGUUGAAGAUGACGCUGAAACGGAUGACGAGCUUACUGCUGAAAGAGCUGAACGAGACCGUCUCGCAGAGAUUGAUUUCAGUAAGAUCAAGGUCAAGCAGGAACCCAUCGAUCCCGAUGACGAACCAAUAGUAACUGCUGAAGAAGAAACCAUCCCAACGCGAAUAGACCACACACAUCCAACAGUGGAGUCAUCUAUCGACGGGAACCUUCAACUGGAUGCGGCAAGCAUUCCCACAGCCUCCAUACCCAUUGGAGGAAUCCGGAUCAACAUCUCCAAAUCCUUGCCUUCCUUUGUGACUAAUAACCAGGAAGAAAAAAUACUGGAGGACGUGAGUGCUGAUGAUGAGCCCUUGCCACCAGGUGAGGAGCCUGAACUAGAAUACACGUUGAAACCAGCACUUCAGGGUGUCCAGUUCAGCAGGCAACCUCCAGUCAACAAAGGCAAUGAGCUCUCUGGAUUGUGCUCCAUCAUGUAAAUAGUUACGAUUUUCCAGCCUUCAAAGUGCAAAUACCAUGAUCUGUAUUAUGUUAAUUCAAUUAUACAAAGUGUUGUUACAUUUUGAACCUAUAUUGUGUCUGGAAAUGUGUGCUGAAGUGUUUAGGAAUAGGUUUUGUGAAACCAACUAAUUUAAUCAGUAAUUUGCUGUUAUUUAAUAAUUAGUUAAUAUUUAAGACAUGGUGUACAUUUGAAAUAACGUUAAACGAUAAAAAUAUAGACUGAUAUUAUUAAAUAAUCAAAUUCGUAUAAAGAAAAAAGGUCGUAAAAUAUAGAAAUGCAAUAACUAGGUUAUAUCAAUAAAUAAUAGGUACAUACCAUCGAGAAUCUGCCAAUCAAUUAAUGAAAUUGAAUCGAAAUUACUGAAUUAGUUGGUUUGUUGUGAUUGAAUUCGUGCCGACUGAGGCAGUGGUUUAUCUCUUUGGUCGUUUUCCUAUUAUAAUAUAUAAAAAUGUAUGCAUUCACUGUUAAAAAAUGUAAAACUUGUUUUAUUAGAUGCUUAAAAUGCAUAUAUUAGGUUAAUUUACUUUCUUUUCUAAUUCUUUUUUCCUCUAUGGCUCUCGUUGUUACGUCGUCGCAAGCGCAAGUCGUUCUAGUCGAAUCAAGUAUUAAUAGGCUUUUCAAUUUUCAUAGUCCCUGGACUCCUAACAUAUUGUGUUUGGUGAGAAGUGUUUGUUCUCUGCUUACAGACAGUAGGACUUUUCUACUAGUUACACGGAAUCUAUUUUACAUAAUCAUUAUGUAUUAAAAUUUGUACAGAGUAACUCGCUUUUAAAAUUUUUAACCAACAGUGAAUGCAUCUAAAAUUAAUGCUUUGCUGAUAUGAGUUCAAAUAAUAUCAUUGUGUAUACUGAUUUGUAAUUGAUGUUAACUUAUGUUCUGUCUCUUGUCAAAAAUAUUUUUAUUAGUCAGCAUUGUGCAAACAAAAAGAUAUGAAGAGUCUUAGUAUUUGUGAAAACGUCCAGAUGCUAGUAGGUACAUCAUUAUUUUGCACUACUUAACAGAUUUUCGACUUAAUCAGA